AUGAACUUCCACUCCGGGCUUGCCUUCUGGGCCUUGUCCGCCGCGCUCAUCCUGUUAGGCUCCGUCGUCGUCGUCUCCGGGCAUCCCUCAUUCCACGGCGGCGGCGGCGCCCCCUCGAACCCGUGGGAGGCCUUCCGCAACUUCACUGGCUGCCUCCCGGGCGAGAACCGGACGGGCCUCGCCGACCUCAAGAGGUACCUCCGCCAUUUCGGGUACCUCCCGAACCCGGUCCGGCCGUCCAACAGCAACCUCUCCGACGCCUUCGACGAGCCCCUCCGCGAGGCGAUCCUCUCCUACCAGCGCAACUUCCGGCUCAACGCCACCGGCUUCCUCGACCCCUCUACCGUGGACCUCAUGGCUCAACCGCGGUGCGGCGUCGCCGACGUGGUCAACGGCACCGCCUCCAUGCGCGGCCGCGGCCUCUACUCCUACUUCCCCGGGAGGCCUACGUGGCCGUCCCAGAAGACCAACCUCACCUACGCGAUCAUCAGCACUGCCGGCGUAUCAGCCAGCGCGUCCACCCUCCAGGGAGUCUUCUCUCGCGCCUUCUCCCGCUGGUCGGAGGUGACCACGCUGACCUUCGCCCAGGUGGACGCAGCCGUCGUCGAGCCCGACAUCACCAUCGGGUUCUUCAGCGGGGACCACGGCGACGGGGAGGCCUUCGACGGGGCGCUGGGCACACUGGCGCACGCCUUCUCCCCCCCCGACGGGCGGCUCCACCUGGACGCCGCCGAGAACUGGGUGGCGGAGGGGGACGUUACCACCGCCUCCUCCUCUUCCUGGGCGGUGGACCUCGAGUCCGUGGUGGUGCACGAGAUCGGCCACCUCCUCGGCCUCGGCCACUCCUCGGUGGAGGAGGCCAUCAUGUACCCGACGAUCCGCAUCCGGGCCAAGAAGGUGCUGCUCGCCGACGACGACAUCCAAGGGAUCCAGAGCCUCUACGGAAGAAACCCCAGCUACAACGGCAGCACGACGCCGCCGUCCUCGACGACCACCGCCAUGAAAGAGAGGGAUUCCAGCGGAGCCCGACCUUCCCCGGCGACCGCGGGCUGGACGCUGGCGGUCGGAGGGCUGCUGGUCGCCGCCACGGCUUCCUUCUUGUUCUUGUAG